AUGUCCUGUUGGCAUUUGGUGAGCAAAUGUCUCCACACCACGGUAGGGUUUCUGAAGAAAACUGGAACUGAGCACUGGUGGUUGGAGCGGCACUUGAAGGAUCCCUUUGUCAAGGCAACGAAGCAGCAGCAUUACCGUUGCCGAAGUGCCUUCAAAUUACUGGAAAUUGAUGACAAGCUUCAUAUUCUUCGUCCAGGGCUUUCUGUUCUUGACUGUGGAGCGGCACCUGGUGCUUGGAGCCAGGUUGCUGUAGAGAGGGUCAACGCCUUAGGUACCGAUCCUGCUGUCCCCACCGGCUUCGUCCUUGGCGUUGACCUCCUGCGGAUUUCUCCUCUGGAAGGAGCAGUCUUCCUGUCGGAGGCUGACAUUGCAGACCCAAGCACGCUGAGGACGAUUCAGAGUCUGCUUCCUGCAGAGAAGGUGGAUGUUAUCUUGAGCGACAUGGCACCUAAUGCGACAGGCAUUAAAGAACUGGAUCAUCAGAAGCUGAUCAAUCUGUGUCUAGGCCUUCUGAAUCUGUCCCGAAGUAUUUUAAAGCCGAAAGGAACGAUGCUCUGUAAAUUCUGGGAUGGACGUGAGUCCCAUCUUCUGCAAAACAGACUGAAGGAGCAGUUCCAAGAUGUGAGAACUCUCAAGCCUCAGGCCAGCCGGAAGGACUCUGCUGAAUCUUAUUAUUUGGCAAGACUGUACAAAGGGAAAUGAAAGCUGAGAACCGCGGAUUGUCAAACAGGUGAUCAGACAUUGAUUGGAAAUCUGAACGUGGCGUGUGUUUAAAGAAAAAUCCCACCAUUAAGACCCUGGGAAAAUCUGCCACAAUUCUUACGAAGUACAUCACGCUUUUCAAAUACAAAAAUAAACCAGAGUGGUGUCCUACUGAGUUUAUCCACUAAUUAUACGAGCAGAGACAUCCAAUCUAGCUUCUCACCUGUGGAGAAAACGGUUGGGAAUGGAGAGGAAUAAUCUGAAAGGCAACCUCUGGGGCUGGAGUAAUGGAAAUGAAAAUAAAACAGUGAUUAUAUGAGUUUUUAAUGUGUGCUUGAAAAUCAUUGCCCUAUUAAUGUUGUCAUAUAUGAGACUAACCAUAAAGGCGGUUGUCAGAAUGAGAGGGAACAGCAAGGGGAGUUUGAGCCAAUUUAUUGCCUCUUCAUCUUUCUUAAAAGCUGGUGCAAUUUAUUAGCACAUGUAAAAAUAGAUAACGUUGUCGUGCAUGUCAGGAUCUGCAUCGUCACGUACGAUCUGUAACGCAGCUGCUCAGGGUACACGAGUGACUCUGGGAUAUUCAGCCGGCUGGCUCCGCUGCGUUUUCUAAA